AUGGCGACGAUUUAUAUUAUUGGCAGUGUGAUUAUUUGUGGAACCAUCGCUGUGCAAGCUGGAAAAUAUGGAGCAACAUGCAAUAUUCAUUGUAACACAGUCUGCAGCGAUGGAUCGUGUGACAUUCAUACUGGUCUGUGUACGAAAUCAUGCUCUGUUAACUGUCAUGAUUGUGUGGACGGAGACAAGUGCACGAGUUGUGUCAGCGGAUAUUAUGGAACAAAAUGUGAAAGGCAAUGUCCAGUCAAUUGUCAACAAGGUUGUUACCUAAAUACAGGUUUGUGUACAUCCUGUAGGUCGGGAUUUUUUGGUGCUUCAUGUGCUAAUUCUUGUGGAACUGGGUGCAACCAUAGAAUAUGUGAUUGGAACACAGGCCAGUGUCAGUGUAAAGACGGGCACUAUUCAUUGUAUUGCAAUAUGGCUUGCUCUGGUAAGUGUCAAGAUGUGUGUGAUAAAACGAGUGGCAUGUGCCGAUGUCUACCCGGAUUCUAUGGACAACAUUGUCACAGCCCUUGUUGGAGUCGGUGUGCUGAAUGUACAAACUCAACGUCCUGCUCUGUGUGUCCAGCUGGAAAAUAUGGACCAAUUUGCAAUAUUGAUUGUAAUACAACCUGCAGCGAUGGAUCGUGUGACAUACAUACUGGUCUGUGUACGAAAUCAUGCCCUGUCAACUGUCAUGAUUGUGUGGAUGGAGACAAGUGCACGAGUUGUGUCAGCGGAUAUUAUGGGACAAAGUGUGAAAAGCCGUGUCCUUCACAUUGUCUAGAUAAUAUAUGUGGUAAAACAAAUGGUCAUUGCCACGACUGUAUUCAUGGAUACUCUGGAGUGAUGUGCAACGUUUCUCUAUGUCCUGAUAAUUGUUUGAGUUGUAUCGGCUUUCAGUGCAAUACCACAGGUAGUAAAUGUACUAGUGAAGGUUUGUGCAUUAACGGAUGUGUAACAGACUUCAUAGGACCGUCAUGUGACAGAACGUGCCCCACACACUGUGCACCUGUGCUGAAUGGUAGCAGGUGCUCUAGCGACGGAGUAUGUCACAAUGGAUGUGUGCUUCAUUAUUACGGCAGUUGGUGUGAGAACGCGUGUCCAGCACAGUGUCUAUCGGUUGGUACGGGAAACAGAUGCGUUGACAAUGGUACAUGUAGAGCAGGCUGUAUUGCAGGGUACUCGGGAGAAAGAUGCGAGCACCGGGCUGACGCAUUCCUCCCGGACGACAGUAAAUCUGCCAGUACAGCUGGAAUGGUGGCUGGUUCGUUUUUUGGUGGGGUGGCCCUUACAAUUGCAUGUGGGGUGAUCGCGCUCGUAGUGUGGAUGAAAAGUCCAGUACAUGAGUUCAGUCCACGAGUCCAGUCCAUGAGUCCAGUCCACGAGUCCAGUCCAGUCCAGUCCAUGAGUCCAGUCUAG